UGGGUGGCCUGGGAAAAGGGAACAAAUGUGCCCAUCAGGCCCCAUCCCCAAAAGAAGCAUAUCUAACUGAGGAGGCUCUUUUUCGCUAGGGAAUAAUUCUCUUAGUCUUUUUUCGUAUUCCACUGCUGCUUUUUCCAAGGCUCGCAUUGAGUUAUGGAUAUAUACAGUUUCCUUUAUCCACCAAUCACGCCCUACGACAGAUUCCAUCAAGAGAAAGUAACCAAUCAAGAGAGGUGAUAUAUGUCAAUCUACAAAGCACGCUUUGACUAACUUUAGCCAAAAGGGAAGCGAGGGUGAUUGUUGUUCCGUGUUUUCCGACUUUAAACUGUCAAAGAUAACCGUGAAUUUCUUCAAAACACUCUAGAAAAGGCUCACUUGCCCCGUGAACAAUGCCAGUUGUAAUUAAGAUGAAAGGGCUGCCUUUUGAGGCCACAUCCAGAGAUAUACAGAUGUUCUUCGACGGGUUAAGUUUGCGAGAGAAAGACAUCCAUUUGGCAGCAAACAAGGAUGGAAAAGCGUCAGGAAUAAGCUUUGCGGUGUUUAAUGUCGACGACGAUGCCAGAAAAGCCAUGUACAGGACUGGUAAAUACAUGGGUAAACGCUAUAUUGAGCUUUUUCUCAGCAGCCAAGCUGAAAUGGAGUCGGUUUUGUACAACGGAGUUCCGGAACCAAAACACAAAGGGGGCAAAGAAGCAAUGGGUGAACGUGCUUCCAUGGCCAUGGGCUUUGGUGGUCGAGGAGAAGCUAUGGAGGGGAGAAAUCGAGAUCGUAGCACAGAUGGGCUAAGGGGGUUUUUCAGUGGGAGAGAUGAGCCAAGGGUUGCCAUUCCAGUGGAUAAAGCUUAUGGUAAAAGUUUUGACAAGCGAGAAAGGGUGAGCCGCAGAGGGCAUGAUCGGUCGCUGCCAGGCAGUGAAGAAAGACCAGGGUCUAGAGGUAGAGCUCAAAUGCAUGUUGAGGAUAUGGGUAGAAGAAUGUCUGGGGGUGGUGUAGAAGUUGGUGGGGUUCAGCAGCCUGGGCGAUGGGGUGAUAUGCCUUUAGCACAGCAAAUGCCACCAGCACAUCUCCCAGAAUGGGCAGAGGGUGUUGGGUAUUUUCAAAAUGAUCCCAGGGCUAAUUUAAACAGAAUUGAUCCUCGGGAUGGGGCAGCUUUUGAAGAAAUGCUUAGACAGCCUCAACCACUGAUGGCAACCAAGCCUAUAGCACCUGAUGACAGUGGUAGGGGUCAGUUUGCCAGUGCUAAAAGAAGCAGGGAUAGAAGCCGCAGCCCACACAGUCGUGAAAGGGGGCAAAGAGGAAGGGAACCUAGAGAGAGAGAAAGACAAAGAGCAAGGGGGGAUCAUAAUUCUGAUAACGGCAGCAAUUCACAAGACCAAGAGGCAACCUCCACCAUUGUGAGAAUGUUUGGGCUGCCAUUUGAAUCCUCCAAACGAGAUCUCUACAAGUUCUUCAAUGGCCUAAAGAUUGCAUCAAUAGACCUCCUGAAGCACAAAAGUGGGAAGAACCAAGGGAAAAACACUGGAGUGGCCUUUGUUGUCUUCAAGUCCAAUAAUGACGCAAGCAAGGCCUUGAAAAUGGAUCGCAGCUAUAUAGGGCACCGGUAUAUUGAAUUACGUAGUGUUCCGAAGGAUACAAUGGUGAAAGAAUUAGAAGCCAAUGAAAGGGGUGCAAGGGGUCCAAAGGGUGGCUUUCGUGGUGAUAAAGCUGGUCAACAAAGAGGAUCUAGGGAGGAUUUGGCAAAGGAAGAUCUUGACAGAGAAAGGCGUAUGCUUGAGGAAAGGAGAUAUGCAUUGGAGGAUAGAGGUUCAUCUUCUGGAAGGUACAGAGAUGAGUAUGAGGAUCCUAGGAGCUCGAGAAGAGCUUUUGAUGAUCCUCCAGAUCAGGCAUAUGCUAGAAAUCUCCAGCAAUUCCAGUCAACACUACAAGAUCAGUUGGCUAGGGUGGUAUUACCUGGUGGUGCAGUUGAUGUCAACCAAGCAUUGGAGACCCUGAAAGUCAUGACGGCCAGCAUGAGUGGAGAAGGGUGUGUUGUGGGGAUCAGGAAUUUGCCGUCUUCUAUCACUGCAGAUCAGAUUCUGGAUUUCUUCUAUGGGUUUAACGUCUUGCCAGAAACCAUCAAAAUCCACUACCUCUCACCUGGGCGUUCCUCAGGGGAUGCUAUGAUUACAUUCCCUACAAGUUCUGAUGCAUAUGCUGCUAUUGAUCAACUGAACUUCAGGCCAGUUGGUAAGAAAAAGGUUCAGCUGUUUCUUGUCUAGCAGAGAGAUGCCAAAAUAGCUAACUCAACUUGUUUAAGGCUAUUAGUUGUCAUAGGUUUGGAAGCCUUGUGUGGAUAUUUGAUACCCAUGAACAGUUUAGCAUUAGUGCAAUGUGAGAUUCAUGGUGACUAUCUAGUCUAGUUUUAUUGAAACUGAGAAAGUGCAUUCUAAUGGUUAGAGGCUUAAUUCUAGAAGUAUUUCAAGUGAGCUGCUCAGUUCGCAGGAUAAUGCAUUGAGACUGGAGCCAUAAAGAGACACUAGCUUAUUUGGACUAGCAUUUUUAGUACUUAGAUAAUUUCUUAUUCAUUUAUGCCUUGCAUUUAUAUACCAUAUUAAAAGCUGCAUUGGUUGGCUUCACCGUGCCCUUAUCGCUACAUCAAAUGGCUGGGAAGUUUUGGGAUGCAAGGGUAAAUGGGUUAUUGUUAAACAGAUGUCAUUUCCUGUCAUGCCAAUUUUGGCCACUACCAUCAAGGAAACACAAAUCUGGGGGCAAAUGGUUUGAAGGGAAAGGGAAAUUGCACACUAUCAAGGAAAUGGAAUUUUUU